AUGCCGACAGAAAUAUUUGGUCAACCAUUGAGCAAAAGAUUCGGCAAAUGGCACGCAUCGGAUAUUGUCCGCAAUCGUAUACUUCGGCAGUUUGGCGGCACUUAUUUGGAUCGGGAUGUCUAUGUUGUCAAAAGUUUGGAUCCGUUUCGCAACUAUGAACUAACACUUGAUUAUGAAAUACGUAACAAAAGUCUUGAAACUGAAUACAAAGUGUUGGGCACACAGACACUGAUUGGCCACCGAAAGGCCCGAUUCCUGGAUCUAUGGCUAUUAAGUUACUGUGACUAUCGACCGGACGAAUGGUAUUAUAAUGCCGGCGAAUUGCCGACCACCGAAAUAUUGGCCAAACGACCAGAUUUGGUCAAUGGACUGAACGGUGAGUUUGCUGCCGAAGGUCGCCGCGCGUGUCCACUACUUUAUCAUCGGUAUUAUCGCGGAUGGCGUCAAAAAUACUAUACAACACAUUUGAAUAUACGCGGCGAUCACUUUCUGCAGUAUGACUGGUGUUUUGAUGAAACAUUUUUGCCCGCAAUUACCCGAUUUGACGAAUACAUUGUACGCCAAUUGAACACAACGUUCGGCGAAAUGGCCAGAGAUGUGUUGGACUAUGAAAUAUCUGUUAAUUAA